GUCAGAUUGCUCGAGAAAAGAAGAGACUCCCCCUCCUUCUGCUCUUCAGCUCAGGAAGGCGUCCGCCAUUUUGUGUUCGCCGCUGUCUCUGAGGAAGGCGAGGAGCGGUUGAGGCUGUGACUAGACGUGUGGGGAGGCGGACGGAUCAAGAGCUGGGACUUCUACCCUUGAAGCCCGCGUGCCAAGAAUCCGAUGUUGGGCUCGGCUUCGUGGCUGAAAACAGCAGAUCGGCCCAUGAGAACUACCAUUUCCAGGCAAAGGAAGGGAUCCAACAGGAAUCAGCAUCUAUUCUUUCAGGUGUGGCAGCAAGAAAGAGGGCAGGAGGUGGAGACUGUGGACUUUGAGAAGAAAACUGAAAGGUGACACUUAAGUUGAAAAUGGGGGGUGGAGAAAGGUUUAACAGUCCAUCUACCCAGCCCCGAAAUUCUAAUAAGACCCACCAGCAGCUAAACAGGAAAAAGAACAAAGAUCAGAAUUCACAGAUGAAGAAAAUCCACAAAAAAGAAAGGGUACAUGGAUGUAAUCCACCAUCUGCAGCGUGGCAAGCCAUGCAGACUGGGGGAAAGAACACAAUGCAUUUUCCAACUAGUCAGAAUUGGAAUCCAGCAUUAUCCACAGCACUCUUCAUGCCUCAAGCCAACCAAAAUUAUGCUGGAGCAAAAUUCAGUGAGCCUCCUUCUCCAAGUGUACUUCCUAAGCCACCGAGUCACUGGGUCACUGUUUCACUCAACCCUGCUGAUAAAGAUAUCAUGACUUUUCAGUUGAAGACUUUGCUUAAAGUUCAGGCAUAAAGUGUAAUCUUUGAAAAAAAAAAAACCCACAUUUUACAGUUUUGAAGUCUGCAGUGCUGGGGUUUCAAAGUUCAACCCCACACACACCUGGAAUUCUGAUUCGCUCUGUGAGAAUUGUCCACAUGUCACUCUUCUGGUGCUCUGUGCACUGUAUCUAUUUCUCUGUUGUGUUAAAACUGAUAGGCAGCCUGUACCAGUUCCUCACCACAGGUGUCAGCGCUUGCUUUUAAGACCAUCUAGCUUUUGUGUUCUCAUUAGGCACUGUGACCUUUUCACGUAAUGUAAAAUUAACUCCAGUUGACUAAAUUUAUGCUACAAAAUAAUUGCAAAAAUGAUUUGCCUACCUUUAUGACAUGUUGUAGGUGUUGGAGUAAAAAAAAAUGGUAACUUUCUGACACUCCAAAUUUUAAAAAAAUCAAAAAUUGUUUUAGAAAACUAUGUAAGAUCAUGUAUUUUUCCAUUUUGUGCAUUACAUAUGGCUGAUCUGUCAUUGAGAAGGAGAUUUAGGCAGGCAAACCAUCAAAGCCCUGUAACCAAAAGCUGAACAUUUAAGUUGGAAAAUGAAUGUUGUAAGAACAGAAAACAUGAGCCUGCAUUUGAUCUCGAACUUCUUGUACAAGCCUAGGGGAACACAACCAGCCUAUAAGUGUGCCAACUCAAAAGCAUUUUUGCAUUGCCAGAUGACUGCCAAAUGCUUUUCAGUGUUCUCCUUCAAUUUCACUGAGCUGUAUUUGAAAUACAUUUUGUGUGUUUUAUAUCUCUUCUUAAAAUAGAACUGUUAAGGCCAGUCUGAAAUUAGAUGAACUUGUUUAAAUGAGGUUUGCAAGUGUAAAAACAUCUUUUACAUAUGGAAGAAAGAGCCAUGUAAAUAACUGUAAAACUUUGUAGCAUAUGUACAUUUAUGCUGGGCUUUCCUGCCAGAAUAAAAGUAUUUUUAGUACAAAACUGCUGAAUGUAAAAAAAAAGACCAUGCUAAGCUCAUGGCAUGAUUUUUUUAAAAAAAAAGUUUAAAAAAACAAGCACAUAUGUCUGUGCCCUUGCACUUGAGUAACUGUGAGGGUAUGACCCAUGUUUGGCUUUGUAAGUUGAGCUUUUAAAGUGAACAUGGUGCAAAAAGCUCAUGAGUCAGAAGGUAAAACAAAAACUUUGAAAACUGAGUGCAGUUCAGUUUUCAUUAUUUGCAAUAGCACAUUUAUUUAAUGAAGCUGAAUUGCAUCUCAAGGCUGUGCUCCUAGGAACACUUGAAGCAAUUCUUGUUAAUUUAAUAGGACAAGUAAAGUGUGCUUUAAGAUGCAAUCCUGCAGCCUGUAUGAAUUCAUUGGGACUGAAGUAUAGAACUGUGUUGGAUUGCGCCCAGUGUUGCUUCCAUUUUGAAUGUAUUAAGUGACUAGCCAAGACAAACCAUUACAGUAUUGGAUAUUUCAAAGUUUCUUCUAAGACGAUUCUCCUUUAACAUGCAGGCCUGCCAGAAGCCCAUCUGCGAGGCAUAAUUCCAUUUGAGAUUCCUGCUUUACAAUGUUUAGCCUGGAACUAUGUUUGAACUUGGCACUUUAAAUUCUUACUACAUUACAACACUUGUCCAAAGAGCUGCUUCACAGCAGAACUGUAGAAAAAAUUCUCCAAUUGGUUUUGCUUCUGAAAUUUUCUGGCAACCAACAUUUCUAAUAGUUAGAUUUUUAAUGGAAUCUCAGAUUUGAUAUUGGCAAUACUUGCAAAAUCAAAACAUCUUUCGUAGCAAAUGUCUAGUUGUGAUAUUAUAAUUGUCAAAAGUCAAACAAGGAAAAUAUAGUGCCAGAGAUACUUGGCUAUAUACCAAUGUAUACAUUCAAAAUCUUUUAGCAACAAUCAAAACUUAAACCACUUCCCCAACUAACAUUAAAAUUGGAUACUGUACCAAAAUGUAUUACGUCUUGCAUCCCAGAUCAAUCCAAGGUACUUACUGUAGCCCAAUAUAAUUUUAAUGUGUUCUAAAUUCUGUAUUUAAAUGCAUUACUUGAAUAUGAAUUGGAAACAAAAUUCAAUAAAAAUCCCUAACCCCUUUCCCCCCAUAA